AGACAUUUCACCAAAGUCGCAGACAGUGCAGUUCGAUGCACAAGGCAUCGAAUUCAAAGAUCUUUAUUUUCAAAAGAUCUUGCAAAUGAUUUGAAGAACCUCAAAGCAUAUGAAAGUUAGCGUGUCACUUUGAAUUUCUCAAAGAAUUUGGUCAAGUGACCAUGACCAUUGUAAUGAAAGGGGGUCAAUCUGGGGAAGACACCCCACAAGAUGUUCCACUACAAAAAGGAACAACUGCAGUACCCCCUUCAUCUACCCAGAAUUCUGCUGGACCCCAGACAAGUGGGUCACAAAUGGUGGCAGAUGAAGUGGCUCCAGCAGAUGUGUCCAUUGAUCUGGACGAGCUAAGAGAUGACCAAGAGCCAGACUUUCCAGUUGUGGAGUUAGGAAGGCUGGAUGAAAUGAUAAAUAGACCUAGGUGGGUGGUUCCGGUGCUACCUAAAGGAGAACUAGAGGUUUUGCUGGAUGCUGCCAUUAAGUUGUGCAAAGAAGGAUUAGAUACAAGAAGUGAACCUUGCCAAAGAUUUUUCAGAGAAGGACUGACUGUAUCAUUUACAAAAAUAAUGACUGAUGAAGCAGUUAGUGGAUGGAAGUAUGAAAUUCACAGAUGCAUAUUAAAAAAUGCAGAGAAGCUCAUUGAAUUAGUUGUUACAAAGCUGUCCCAAGACUGGUUUCCACUUCUUGAACUUUUAGCUAUGGUUUUGAAUCCACUUUGCAAAUUUCAUAUAUACAAUGGAAGUCGUACCUCAGAGAGCGUUCAGACUGGAUCUGAAAAUACUGAAGAGGCAUAUGCUCGUCCCCCUGAUCCUAGAAAUCCUAAAGGAUGGCUGGUAGACUUGGUGAAUAAGUUUGGAAAGUUAGGUGGAUUCCAGAUUCUGCUUGACAGAUUUAAAAAUGGUCCUCAACUCUUUGUGCCAGUUGUAGCAGCAUUGAUCAAGCCGUUUGGUCAGUGUGCUGAGGUCCUUACACCCCAGACAGUAGAACAGUACUUCUUACCAAUUAUUGAAAUAGUUCCAAAAUUUCUCAAUGAACUCACAGAUGAAGAGCUAAAAAAGGAAUCAAAAAAUGAAGCCAAAAAUGAUGCUUUGUCCUCUAUCAUCAAAGGACUGAAGCAGCUAGUAAACCGACUUCCAAAUCAGGAAGACACAAUUAAAAACCUUGAGGGUUUUAGACUCAGAAUGAUUCUGAGGUUGUUACAAAUCUCUUCCUUCAAUGGUAAAAUGAAUGCUCUAAAUGAAGUGAACAAGGUCAUUUCUAAUGUCUCAUUCCAAUCCAGUCGUCACUCUCAGACAGAAGAAGAUGAGUGGCUGACAGCAGAGAAAAUGGCUGAAUGGAUUCAGAAAAAUAAUGUGCUGACCAUAGUUUUACGAGACAGUCUCCAUCAACCUCAGUAUGUAGAGAAAUUAGAGAAGAUCCUUAGAUUUAUGAUCAAAGAAAAAGCUCUGACUUCUGAGGAUCUUGACAAGCUUUGGGAAGCACAGUCUGGGAAACAUGAUGCUAUUGUGAAAAAUGUACAUGACCUGCUAGCAAAGUUAGCAUGGGAUUUUUCUCCAGAACAGCUAGAUCACCUGUUUGAGUGUUUUCAGGUGAGCUGGACUCAUGCCUCGAAGAAACAGAGAGAGAAAUUGUUAGAGUUGAUUCGCAGAUUGGCUGAGGAUGACAAAGAGGGAGUUAUGGCUCACAAGGUUCUUGGAUUAUUGUGGAAUUUAGCUCACAGUGAGGAUGUCCCCACGGAGAUCAUGGACCAGGCUUUAACAGCCCACAUCAAGAUCUUAGACUAUAGUUGCUCACAGGACCGUGAUGCCCAGAAGAUGACAUGGAUAACAAAAUUUGUGGAAGAAUUGAAGAAUGACAAAUGGGUAUUGCCAGCAUUGAAGCAAAUUCGUGAAAUCUGUCAGCUCUUUCCAGAGUCACCACAGAAUUUUCCUCAUGCUCCACAGAGAGCCUCUCAUGUAUACUAUCGCAAUACUGUGAUAGCACAGCUCCAGAGUAACCACUCCAUAGUCAUGUUAGUAGCCACAAAUCUCUCCAACUACAUGAAGAAAGCAAGAGAGCUGGCAAGAGAUCAUCCAGAACUGGAUUCCAGCAAUAUUUUACCAGAUGGGAGAUUUAACCAUGUACAACAAAUUCAGGAACGUCUCAGGUUUUUAAGGUUUUUACUAAAAGAUGGUCAGCUGUGGUUGUGUGAAUCUCAAGCCAGACAGAUAUGGCAGUGCUUAGCAGAGAGUGCAAUUUAUCCCUCAGAUAGGGAGUCUUGUUUUAAAUGGUUUGCCAAGCUAAUGGGAGAAGAACCAGACUUAGAUCCAGAAAUAACAAAAGAUUUCUUUGAACAAAACAUUCUACAGCUUGACCCGAGUCUGUUGACAGAAAAUGGAAUGAAUUGCUUCGAGAGAUUCUUUAAGCAUGUGAAUCAAAAAGAAAACAAAAUCAUUGCCAAGAGAAGGGGAGGUCAUCUGAUGGAUGACCUUGAACUCAUAGGAAUGGAUUAUUUAUGGAGGGUAGUGUUAUUAAGCCCAGAUGAAGUUGCAAACAAGGCAAUUAUCUUAUUGAAAGACAUUUACACAAACCUGGGACCUCGUUUACAACAAAAUCAAGUGGAAAUACACGAUGACUUUAUUCAGUCAUGUGUGGACCGACUCAAGGCAUUGUAUGACACAGUGAGUGUGCUGGAGAAAGACAAAGACAGUACAAAUCGUGUAAUGCAGGAGACCACCAGAAUGGUUCGAGUAUUGACGGUGCUUCGGGAGUAUGUGGCAGAGUGUGACGAGGCUUACACGGAGGAACGAUCCAUUCUCCCACUUAGCAGAGCGUGUCGAGGAAAAUUAGUGACCUUAAUAAUUCGGUUCCCUAGUCAAGGACGUCAGAUGGAUGAUAUAGACAUCUGGUCUCAUACUAACGAUACAAUAGGACAAGUACGAAGACAAGUUUUGUGUAAAAUUAAAGCCAGUAGUAAUAUUAAAGUGGACUUGUAUGCUAAUGGUGAACUUCUUGAUCCAGUGGAAGACAAGAGACUUAUUUCUCAGAUUCCCUUACGAGAAAAAUCACUUAUAACAGCAAAGUUGAUACAGGUGGGAAGUAACAUGCCCUCUAGUCCUGACAGCAGUUCAGACAGUUCUGCUGGCUCCCCUCAUCAUACAUUUGAUGGCCCUAACAUUGAGGCAGAAAACUGUUUACCAGGGGUGAUAAUAUCAAACAAUUACCGGUAUACUCAGUUCCUGUUUCAACUAUCAGACUUGGGCUGCCAGCUACAGGUGCCGAGACUACGAGAUACUGCCAGGGCAGUGUUAAAACUCAUGCCAGCUGAUGUACAUACAAUAGACCAGCUUAAGUCAAUAUGUGCUGAACACAGUCGAGGAGAAACAACAUAUUCCAAUGACUUAGAAGCCAUGUUUUUUACUACUUCAGCAACUCAAGCUUUGUAUAAUAUUGAGGUUGCAUAUAGUUUACUAAUGCCAGCAGUAGAAACAACUUCAGAUGAUGCAUUUGAAUUUCAAUAUAACUUUGUAAAAAGUGGUGGUGUUCAAAUUGCCAUGAACAUGUUAACCAAAAACAACUUUCUACCAUCAGCUGAUUUACCUACUAGAAGGGCGGCCUAUAUAACCGUGAUGAAGAUCUGUAAGCUCAUGCUCACCACCGUCAGUCAUGCCAAAUUUCAAGUAGUGGUGGAGGCCUGCAGUGCCGAUCCUCAAUCUCCCAAUAUCACUCAAGCGGAACAUAGUCAUGCUCUGAUUCUUCAGCAGGCCCUUCAGUUUAUUCCUAACCCAGGGGCAGAGGUCAUGACAAGAAUGGUAGGAUUAAGGCUGGGUCAACAGUUGCUUGAUCAGGCUGCCAAGUUUGCUCCCGAUAUGUCUGUGAUAAAAGCCAUACAGAGGAUUGCCUGGGCAUCCAGUAGUAGUUCCUUACACUUAGUACAUGCCACUAAUGAGGAAAUCCAUAAAGCUCUGGAGAAGAGACAGGAACAUGUAGAGAUGGAGGAUCUAACAGUGGCCAGGGAGUCCCUGGAGGUCCUCACUGUUUGUCUUAUGUUAUGUCCUCCUGCCUUAGAUGCCCUCAACAAGGACAAGUCUUGGCAGACAUUUAUUAAGGAUCUUUUAUUGCACUGUAAAAACAGGCCAGUGAGAGUUGCUGCCGCUGAACAGUUUUGUUUGAUGGCCACUCGAUGCUGUGGGGGAACUCGUCCAAUGGUUUUCUUUAUAACUCUUCUCUUCUGUGAACUCAGUGAAGCUGUGAAAGAGAAUGCCAAGCAAGCCCAUGAAUACUUUAAUUUACUGUGGAAAUUAUUAAAUUAUGCAUCAGCUUCAGAGGUCAAGUUACCAAAUGCUGAAAAACAGUUAAAUAAUGAAAUUCAGUGGAUAAAGAAAACUAAGGAUCACGUGAUAAACUCUGGAGAAGUGAUUGUAGAGGAUGCUCUGUUAGAGGGACAUCUGGGGAUUACACGUGAAUUACUAGCAUUCCAGUCACCAGAAAAGAAGUAUAACAUCGGAUCUGAAAAAGGAGGAUCCAAUCUCAUUAAGGAAGUGGUAGAAGAUUUUCUGUUUCCUGCAUCAAAGAUCGUCCUUCAGAGCAGGAAAACAGGUGGGGAAUUCCCCUUAGUGUCAGCUGUUCCCGUGUGUGCCACACCUCCAACCGUGGUAGCAGCCUUUGAUCUUUUGGUGUCACUCUGUACAAACUGUGUACCAAACUUGAAGUGUGUAGCUCAUAUGCUGUUAGAAAUGUUUUAUAAUGGUGAACCACCACUCACAGAAUGGGAAUACCUGCCUCCUGUGGGUCCCAGACCUCUUAAAGGUUUUGUGGGCCUGAAGAAUGCAGGAGCUACCUGUUAUAUGAACUCAGUGCUACAACAGCUCUUCAUGAUAGAAGAAAUUCGUAAUGGAAUUCUGGCAGUAGAGGGAGUUGCAGAAGAUGUGAUUGAUGAGGAGUAUGGGGAGGAGAAAACAGAAAAUGAGACCAACACAGACAUGGGUGAAGAAGAAAGAAAAGAUGAGGAAAAGCCAGUAGUUGUUAACAGAGAUGAAGAGAGAAAAGAAUAUAACCUGGGGGUUCUCAAGAGAAUACAGCUCAUCUUUGGUCAUCUAGCGGCCAGUAAACUUCAGUACUAUGUGCCAAAGGGGUUCUGGAAGCAUUUCAAAUUAUGGGGAGAGCCUGUCAAUUUACGGGAACAACAUGAUGCUCUGGAGUUUUUCAACAGCUUAGUUGAUAGCUUAGAUGAAUCUUUGAAAGCUCUUGGACAACCACCAGUUUUAUCUAAGGUCAUGGGAGGGUCAUUUGCUGAUCAGAAAAUCUGCAAAGAUUGUCCUCAUAGAUACCAAAGAGAGGAGCCCUUCACCACACUCAAUGUAGAUAUCCGCAAUCACCAAAAUCUGCUGGAGUCAUUGGAACAGUAUGUCAAAGGAGAUCUUUUGGAAGCUGCCAAUGCUUAUCAUUGUGAAAAGUGCAACAAAAAGGUUGACACAGUGAAGAGAUUAGUCAUUAAAAAGCUUCCCAAAGUUUUAGCAAUCCAACUAAAGAGAUUUGAUUAUGACUGGGAAAGAGAAAGUGCAAUAAAGUUCAAUGAUUAUUUUGAAUUUCCUCGAGAAUUUGAUAUGGAACCUUAUACAGUACAGGGACUUGCAAAAAUAGAAGGUGAAAUUAUAGAUGAUGAUAUUGAGAACAAAGAACAGAGCACAAAGUACAAGUUAUUUGGAGUAGUGGUUCACAGUGGACAAGCCAGUGGUGGCCAUUACUAUUCCUAUAUUCUUCAUCGAGGAGAAGACAAUCAGCCUAAGUGGUACAAGUUUGACGAUGGCGAUGUGACUGAGUGCAAAAUGGAGGAUGACGAGGAGAUGAAGAACCAGUGUUUUGGAGGAGAGUAUCUUGGAGAAGUGUUUGAUCACAUGCUAAAAAGGAUGGCAUACAGACGCCAGAAGCGGUGGUGGAAUGCCUAUAUACUUUUCUAUGAGCGACAGGAUGAAAAAGAUGAGAAGGAUAUCUACAAAACCCUACAGGACUUAACUAUAGUUAAUAAACCUUACCAAAUUAAAAUGCCAAGCUGUAUAGAAAAGUGUGUACGUAAGCAAAAUAUUCUGUUUAUGCAUGAGAGGAGUCAGUUCUGCCCAGAGUACUUUCAGUUCAUGAAGAAAUUACUCAACUGUAACCCUGUCUUUACUCAUGGACCCCAAGAGAAACUCUCACAAGAUAUGGAGAACCUAGCAAUGAUAAGCACAGAGCUUGCAUCAAAGUUCCUUUUUAGUGUAGGAUUUCAUACCAAAAAGACACUGAGGGGUGCUGCCAAUGAGUGGUAUGAGGCUUUGAACUGUCAUCUACGUUCCAGUAAAAAGGUCAGGAAUUGGUUCGCACAAAAUGUGCUGUUCUCCCAUACAAAUCGAUUUGCUGAGUACUUACUGGAGUGUCCUUCAUCAGAGGUGAGGAAUGCCUUCUCCAAAAUCAUUGUGUGUUUGGCUCAUUUUGCCUUGAAGGAUGGUCCAUGUCCACCACCCCUUGUUCAGGGUCUCUAUGGUCCUGGACAGCAAGCAGACCCCAGUGCUACAUUAAGUGACCACCUCCUCCUAGCAGUGCUGCAGUUACUGAGAAAGGAGGUAUCCGAUCAUGGACGCCACCUACAGCAGUACUUCCACCUCUUCCUCAUGUAUGCCAACCUCGGGGAACAGGAGAAAGUGCAGUUGUUGAAGCUAAAUGUGCCAUCCUUGUUUAUGCUGGUUGCACUGGAUGAGGGCCCGGGGCCUCCCAUCAAGUACCAGUAUGCUGAGCUGAAUCGUCUCUACUCUGUUGUCUCUGUUCUGGUGCGAUGCUGUGAUGUUUCAUCCCGAUGUCUUUCUUCAAAUCAGGGGGAUCCUCCCAAACCAAACCCGUAUGGGGAUUCCUCCAUUAGCCAGCCUCUAAUGCCACUUCAGCCCCAGGUGGGAGAUCUCUUGUACGGCAAGACAGGAUAUGUCAAGAAACUGAUAGAAGACUGCAACAAUUCUGAGGACACAUGUAAACUGUUAAGGUUCUGUAGUUGGGAGAAUCCUCACUUUUCAUCAACCGUUCUGAGUGAACUCCUAUGGCAGGUGGCCUACUCUUAUACAUACGAGUUAAGACCUUACUUAGAUCUGCUACUACAGAUGUUAUUGUUGGAAGAUUCCUGGCAGAAUCAUAGAAUUCAUAAUGCUCUCAAAGGAAUUCCUGACGAUAGAGACGGUUUAUUUGACACUAUUCAGAGAUCCAAAAACCAUUACCAGAAGCGAGCCUACCAGUGUAUCAAAAUGAUGGUAUCUUUAUUUACACUUUGUGGACCUGCUGCUGAGAUGUUACAGAGUAAUGGUGAUGUGAAGAGAAAGUGGACAUGGGCAGUGGAGUGGCUGAAUGAUGAACUAGAGAGAAGGCCCUACCCAGGAAACGCCCAGUACACCUACAACAACUGGUCUCCACCAGCCCAGUCCAACGAGACCUCUAAUGGGUACUUCCUGGAGAGAUCUCACAGUGCUAGAGUGACUUUGUCAAAAGCAUAUGAACUUUGUCCAGAUGAGGAACCAGAUGAUGCUGAGCUUUCAGAUGAUCAGGAAGCAGCACACCCAGAUGAAAACCCACCUGGUUAUCAAGCCAGGCAAUCCCCACAACAGGGAACAUCAUCGAGUAAACCAGAGGUGGGAACCAGUCAACCCAAACAAGAGGGAUCCACCAAUCAGCAGUUUCAGAACAAUCAUGUGAACUCUUCCCAUAAUUCCCAGCAGCCAGUUGUACCACAUGAUCAGAUUGUCAAUCAACUGAACAACCAGAACAACUCACAGACAGGGGGAGAUAACCCUGAUACUGGGGAGGAGGAGAACAAAACAAACAAAGACUGAGUCCCUCCUGAUAGUGUUGUGGAAGGGGAAACUGGUAAUGAUAGUAUCAAAGAUUUCAGUGGCCCCAGUUAUUUAAUCUAUGAAAUUAGAAAAUGAAAGUGGAUUCUAUUACAGUUGUUUGCUUAAGUUCUUAAUUAUACUUGUUGCUUCAUUCACAGUGUACACCAAUGCUGAGAUAAGACAGUGUUUGGAUUAUUAUAGGAUUUAUUUUAGUAACUUUUCUAUGUAAUCAGAUGCAGGUUGAAAUCAAUAUAUUGUAAACAUAUGCAUAACUUUAUGAUAGGUGUUAAGAGACUGAAAUCCAAGAAUAAAUCUUAGCUUUUCUAAAUGUAGCAGAAUGUAGAAAUCCAGCAAUUGUUUAAGAUGUAUUUAUGAUGAUAUAGACAAGUUGUGUGCUCAGUGCAGAUAAUAACACUUCUAGUCCUGAUACAGUAAGACUUGUAUAGCACCUGUCUAUAGAUUUAAGAUCUUGAAUUAUAAUUAUAGUCAUGUUGUUUGCUGUAAAAAAAAGUAAAGAUUUCCAAAACUUUGAAUUAUUGUAAAUGUAUUAAAUGGGAUAUGUGAAAGCUACUUUUUUUCUCCUAGAAAGAAAAAAAGAAUGUUUUUGAGAUCUAGUUAUUCUUUUGUCAACAUCACAGUUCUAGAGAAAUUAAUGCUGAGUUCUGACUAUAAAAUAUAUAUUUUAUAGAAUAAAAACGUGCAUUUAUUAAAGGUAUAUGCUUUUGGAAUAAAAUGCCCUUUAUGAAAAGAAUACAAUUUUCAAAUGUUCAUUACAAGUUGAUAGAGCAACAUUUUUAUUCUUGAAAAAAAAAUAACAACCCUACAUUACAACUGAUUAGUUGGAAUUUACUGUACAUGUUUUACACUAAGUUGCUGAAUUCAGUAGAGGUCUGAAUAUUUGUUCUACAUAUGUAUACAAACUGACUUCCAUUGGAAGCAUUGUAAGUGUACAACCAUUUUGCCAAUUUUUUUGGCAGUAGAUAAUACAAUGUACAGUGUAUAUUUAUUGUGUACUCUGGUGAGUAAUGUUAUAAAGUGAUGCAUGGAGAAUGUACAUAGCAAGAACACAGCAAUUGUGAUAUUUUUUUUUGUAUAUAUACAGACCUAAGCCUGAUCAGUGCUAAUGUUAGCCAUUUGUGUGCUGUAUAGAAAACUCAUUGUGUACUUGUGUUUUUAUUUUCAGCCUUGUUACCACUUUAUUUUAUGUGCAUCACUAAACAAAUGCCAUUCUUGUCACAUGUAUGCUCAUGUUGUUAAUAUUCAGAAGUGAAUGAAGUAAUAUGUUGAAGAACUUUGAGAGAGUUCUGGAUGUAGUGAAUAUUUUUCUUUGUACAGUGCUAAGGUCAUUGGUACUGAUUUCAGUGAAUGUGAUUUAGUACAGUGCUAACUCAUUUUGUGAUCAAGUGUCAGACAUACAUGUACAUAACACCUGAUAAUUGUUAUGCUGUAGUUUUAAAUCUGUCAUUCCUGUAUAUAAUUGUACAUAUAGAAGUCAUAUAUUAUAGCAUUUCUUACACACUGUACAGUACACUGUACAUACAUGUACAUCUCGACAUGUUCUUCAUUGAGAUAUUCGAUGUCUGUAAAUAAAACUCUGUAUAAUUGUGCCCUAGACAUAAUGAUCGUGAAUUUUUGUCCUGGUCUUUGUAAGGCCUGUUUUCAAUCCUUGCAGUGCCAUAGGAAAGUGGAAAAUGUUUGGCAUGUGUUCACAAAUGUAAGAAGGUAUUGCAGCUUCAUCAGUAUUUCAAUGAAGAACAUGGUGAAGACUCUUAGGUAUUUAAAUUUGUAGGUGUUGCUUAAAUUAUUUUUAUUGUGGAAACAAAAUUGUUUUGAUGUCUUGGUAUUUGUUUAAACAAUUUCAUGAUAAAACUGUUCUUACAAGGCA